AUGGCGUUGACCAAAAAACCCUUCCGAUUCCUACUAGUAUUAUGUGCAAUGGUACAGUUGGUUAGCUUCCUAAUGGCCAUCAAGUUACUGUACAAUCAAAGCAGUGACAGUUCGAUUUUCAAACGAUUUCAAGUUGUUACUGUAAGUUUAAAACUCAUUUUUAAGCUUGGUAUUAAUAAAUUGAUAUACCGAUUAUUUUAUAUUUUUUAGGUAUAUUAUUAUUUGAUUUUGCUGAAAACUUUAACCCUUUUAGUUAAUGUUUAUGGUGGUGUUUCAAAUAAUUACCACAGUUGUUGCCUUUUUCUCAACGAUAAACUUCUUCGAGCUAGCGUGGAAAGGAUCUUAUGGCAGUGGAGAAGAUAGAAUGACUAAAAUUAUGUGUUAUCUCGGUAUGUUUCUUAUGAUACACCUAAUGAAAAUAAAAAAACAUUUUUAGGAUUUGCUGCAUGUUGUGUAUUCCUGACAGCCGGUGGUUAUUUACGUUGGAAACACGCUGACAACUUUCGUUAUCAUGGCAUAUUCUUUUGGCUCAUUGGAAUUACUUGUUUUCUUUACGCUGUUGUAUGGUUUAGAAGGUUUAGAUUGGUAAGAGCUUAGUACUUUUAUUAUAAAUUUUUAAAAAAUUUAAAAAUGUCAAAAAAUUUUUUUUUUAAUUUUAAAUUUAAAAUCCAGAAAAAGAGGCUUUAAAUCAAUUUAUCUUAAUCUUUCAGACAAACCAAUUCGUAUCAGACGCUCUGCACGCCAAUGGCCUUAAUUGCAUUCCCCUAACCGAGCAAAAUGCUCGAGAUUUGUAUCAAAUUCGAGAUUAUGAAACAGAGGUCCUUACCUACAUCAACAGUCCAAGCUGGAUGGGUUAUAAGCGACAUUAUGGGUCGAUUAGACACGCUGAAUUCUAUGCCAUUCAAAAAUGGAUCGCUCAGUUAGAAAGAUUGAUGCAUCUGGAGGAUAACAAGGAAUGCAUCAGUGGGCUGAUCAGGGUAGGUGGGGGGUUUUUAUGGAUUUUUGGCUAGGAUAGGCUAAGGCAAACUUUUAAAAUGUCAUUUCAGGAAAUGACAGAACGCUGCCGGAUAUUUAAAAUCUCCGAAGACACGGAAUUCCGCUACAAACAACUAGCUCAAAUGCCUUUAAUUUUCGUUCCGGUCGAUGAAUGUACUUGUUCUCAUGAUGAAGAAGAUCUUGACUAA